CAGUGUCCGCGCGGCCGGCACGCGGCGCUGCGCUCGCCGCUUAAAUGAGCCGGGGCUCCCGGCGCGCGCCACUUCAAGGGAGCCCGCCGCGGGAGCGGGCGCCGCCAGCUGUCCUCGGCGCGGCGGGAGGCGGCGGCCGUCGGGGACCCGGCACGGCGGGCUGAGGCGCUGCGCCCGCUGCAGGGAGGCGGCGGCGUCCGGCGAUGGGGACCGAGCGGAGCCACCGCGCCGGGCCGUGACCGCCGCGCCGCCGCCUCGGGCGCUCUCGGAGCGCCGACGCUAGGGAACAUGGCCCUGGAGCAGCUCUGCGCGGUCCUCAAAGUGUUGCUAGUAACAGUACUUGUAGUGGAAGGGAUUGCUGUGGCCCAAAAGACCCAAGAUGGACAAAAUAUUGGGAUCAAGCACAUUCCUGCAACUCAGUGUGGCAUUUGGGUUCGAACCAGCAAUGGAGGUCAUUUUGCUUCACCAAAUUAUCCUGACUCAUAUCCACCAAACAAGGAGUGUAUCUAUAUUUUGGAAGCUGCUCCUCGUCAACGAAUAGAGCUGACUUUUGAUGAACGCUAUUAUAUAGAGCCAUCAUUUGAAUGUCGCUUUGAUCACGUGGAAGUUCGAGAUGGACCAUUUGGCUUCUCUCCUCUUAUAGACCGUUACUGUGGCAUGAAAAGCCCUGCAUUAAUUAGGUCAACAGGAAGAUUCAUGUGGAUUAAAUUUAGUUCUGAUGAAGAACUUGAAGGACUAGGAUUUCGAGCAAAAUACUCAUUCAUCCCAGAUCCAGACUUUACUUACCUUGGAGGUAUUUUAAAUCCCAUCCCAGAUUGCCAGUUUGAGCUCUCAGGAGCUGAUGGAAUAAUACGUUCUAGCCAGGUAGAACAAGAAGAAAAAACAAAGCCUGGCCAAGCAGUUGAUUGCAUUUGGACAAUUAAAGCUACCCCAAAAGCCAAGAUUUAUUUGAGGUUCUUAGAUUACCAAAUGGAACACUCAAAUGAAUGCAAGAGAAACUUCGUGGCAGUCUAUGAUGGAAGCAGUGCCAUUGAAAACCUGAAGGCCAAGUUUUGCAGUACUGUGGCUAAUGACGUAAUGCUGAAAACAGGAGUUGGUGUGAUACGGAUGUGGGCGGAUGAGGGCAGUCGGCUGAGCAGGUUUAGGAUGCUCUUCACUUCCUUUGUGGAACCUCCCUGUACAAGCAGCACUUUCUUUUGCCAUAGCAACAUGUGCAUCAACAAUUCUUUGGUCUGUAAUGGUGUUCAGAACUGUGCAUACCCUUGGGAUGAGAAUCACUGUAAAGAGAAGAAGAAAGCUGGACUAUUUGAACAGAUCACUAAAACUCAUGGGACAAUUAUUGGCAUUACAUCAGGGAUUGUCUUGGUUCUUCUCAUUAUUUCUAUUUUAGUACAAGUGAAACAGCCCCGGAAAAAGGUUAUGGCUUGCAAAACUGCAUUUAAUAAAACUGGGUUCCAAGAAGUAUUUGAUCCUCCUCAUUAUGAACUAUUUUCACUAAGAGAGAAAGAGAUUUCUGCAGACCUGGCAGAUUUGUCAGAAGAACUUGACAACUACCAGAAGAUGCGGCGCUCCUCCACGGCCUCCCGGUGCAUUCAUGACCACCACUGUGGAUCUCAAGCAUCCAGUGUCAAACAAAGCAGGACCAACCUCAGUUCCAUGGAACUUCCCUUCCGAAAUGAUUUUGCACAACCACAGCCAAUGAAAACAUUUAAUAGCACCUUCAAAAAAAGCAGCUACACUUUCAAACAAGCGCAUGAGUGCCCUGAACAGGCUCUAGAGGACAGAGUGAUGGAAGAGAUCCCCUGUGAGAUUUAUGUCAGAGGGCGAGAUGAUUCUGCCCAAGCAUCCAUAUCCAUCGACUUCUAAUUGUCAACUAAAGGCAUUAAUUAUUAAGUAUGUGUAUGCAGCCUACACCAACACCCAUUCUGUCUCAGCAGCCAAUCUUGUUCUGUCAAAUUAGAAAGACCUUCAUAAUUUAUGAUAAUGCUGAUGAUUUUAUUAUCUCAGGCAUUCUAUAUAUGUGAAACCAACCAAGGAACUUAAUGUAUUCAGUGGAAAAAGUCAUCAUCUGUUGCUUGGCAUCUAAUCUACAAAAUACCAACAGUUCAGUAGCAGUUGAGGAGCAUGUGGUCAUGUAGAGCCAGGCUCAGCCACCUGGAAAUGUUGAUAUCAGGAUACUGUUCUUAUUUACACAGCCCCAUCAAUUUGAUCCCACAGUAAUUUAAAAGUAAGAUUUUUUUUUUCAUAUUCCUUUUGUCUUUCUUUUCUCUAAUAUGUUUUAGUUGCCUAUAGUUUUACCAUUUUGAUUUCCUGCAUUAAGGGAAUAAUGUGUCACUUAAUUCAGCAUGGGCAUGUAUUUGCUCUUAUGUAUAGAAUAGGGCUAGUGCUAUGAUGAAUAGCAGUUUAAGACAGCCAUACUUCCUUUCUCCCUGAAUCAUCCCUAUACUGUUGUCUUUAAUAACUGCAUCUUUAGUCCUGUUUUCUGUGGGAAGUAAUAGAUGACAUGAUUUAUCACCUUUAAAUCAUGCUUCCUCUUAGUCAUACUAGAAAAGUAUACCUGGAGUGUAUUAUUGCCAGUUAGUCAGGAGUGGAAAUUUGAGAAAGAUUAAAAACGUGUAGCAACCUCUGCAGCUGUUGGGUCUCAUUCAGUGACAGACAUUCAUCCCAGUAACUCUCUUGUGGGCAGGCCUUUAAUUAUGGCUCCAUGCAGUAUCAGAUCUAUGUUCCCUAUCAUCUUUCAAAAAGAUUUAUUUGUUCUCUUGGUAUUGGUUUGUCUUUGACACAUGGUAACCAUGGUUAGUGGAAACUUAAAGAAAUUCUCUAAGAAACUGUGUGAGCCUUUACAUAGCUUCUACUUGGAACAUUGCAUUUUGCUAGCCAUUAUCAUCAAGAAUAGCAGCUUCAACUUUUUUUAAAAGCACUUUUGACCUUAUGUUUUGUAAAGUACAUAAAACAAUAAUUUAUAAACAUGAUAUCAAAACUCAUUGUGUUUUUUAGACUUUUGAUAUUAUUUGAUACUGUACAAACUUUAUUAAACCAAGAUUUAAGACAUACAAGACAGAUUUCUUUGAGUGUUCACAUUAGAGACUUUGUGUAGAAAUACACUGUGAUAGGAUUGACUGUACUAUAGACUGCUAUAAAGACCUUGGUCAUGGUGAUGUGUACAUAAGCUUUUUCUUUUGCUGCUGUAUUUAGUCACUGAUAAGUUUUUCACUGUGUGGUAUUUAUUGUUCCAAAUCACAACAGAAAUCUUAUAUUAAAGUAUACAUUGUUACAUAAUCCUUCAAUUAUAUUAUUUAUAGCAGGAAUACUUUGGAUAAGAUGGAAUGGGGAAGAAUCCAUAUAUUUAAUGAUAAAUAAUAUUAAUAAUUUCAUUUUAAAGAGGUAAAUUCUCAUUUUCUGUAUCGAACUCAGUUUUCAAUGAAAUGAAAAGUUCAGGUUUCACUAGAUUUCAUUAAUUCUUUUAAGUACUACAUAAAUCUUAUUGCUGAGAUUGCUGAAAACUGUGGCCUUCAAUGUGAUGUACUUUUUGCCCAAAGUGUGUUCUCUGUACGACACUUUGAUUUUUAAAAAAGAAAUAAUAUCAAGAAGAUAGGAUAACCUACACUUAGCAUAAUCAUUAUUUAACUUUUUAAGUCAGUAAACAUUCCUGCUUCUUAAAAAUGGAACUUAGAAAAGUAAAAGGAAUUUCAAAACAUAGUAAUCACUGAACUAACUAUCCGGGGAAAGAUUAGAUAACUAUGUUUUCUUUUAUUAACUAUUAAGCAGGUAUUUUGUUAGGUGACUUAGGUGAGUCAAUGUCCCAACAGCAUAGUAAAUACUUAAAUUGACAGCUGUUAGCUCAUGAAGUUCUUUCUCAUGAAAGAAAAUUAACAUAUUUCCUAUGUAAAAUUAUAUACAUUGUAAAAAUAGUUAUCAGACUCAUCCAUAAUUUUUAGAUUAUAGAGCAUAUAGUAUGAUUUCGUACAUCAUUAUCACUUGUAGCUAUAUUUUUUAUUUUUAACACUGUAUCCUAUUUGAAAGGAAUUUGAAAAGACUUAUAAAACACAGGUGUUUGUAGAAAACACUAGACUUUACUACAGUGUAGAUUUGCAUGACCUCAUGCAAAUCAGCAAGAGAAGCUUGGGUGGUCAUUUGAUUCUAACUUCUCUGACAGCUGACCUGAAAGUUGUUCCUUUUCACAGUAGAAAACACUUAUAUUCAGAGGCUAAAGUGAAAGCCAUAAAUUUAAUAAUGACAGACAUGAAAUUUAACUAUCUUACGUGAGUCAGUACACCGUACAGAGUACCCAGUGUUAAACAGGCUCUCUGACUAACAAUGUAAAGCAGGAGGGUGGUAAAACUCUGCAGUGCCAGAGAACACUGAAGACCAGCUGUAUGAUGUCACCAUUGCUAUCUUCCAUCCCAAGCUUAGCAUAGCUGUCAGCUACCAGUGGCCACAGAUACAACCUACUCAUCCACUAUCUCAAAGACACGGGAAUAGACUGUGCUGUUCCUUUUGCAGAGGAGGGAUAUUCAAUAUAAAUAUUUCACAAAAACCAAAGGCUAUUCACAUUUCUCCUCCCAUGCUGUACCUGGUUCCUUUAGCUUGGAUUUAAUAGAGCCUUUGUCAAUUCUACCAGUUGUGUCUUGUAUAAUCGCUAAGCAUUGAGGAGCCGCAGUCCGCACCCAAUGCUUCUGCGCUUCUGUUACUACCUAAUGAGGGUGCUUGCUUGUUUCCAGAGCAUGUCAGCUGCUGAGAGAAGAUGAGAAAAGCCUGGUUGUCAUUCCAGGGAUAAUUACGUUCAGAGGUUACACUUCGUUACAAAAUGAGGUCUGCUGUAUGUCCAUGUUUCUUUAUUGCAAAUACUAAAAGAAACAUGCCUAAUUCACAUUGAUUAUGGACAGAAGGAACUUUAGGUUUUGCUCUUUUAAAGAUCCAAGAGAGAUGAUCUAGUCUAGUUUUGUUAAUGAGAAGACUAAAUUCUAAAAAUGAAGUGGCACCCCAUGUCUCCGAACUUCUGGCCCAGUGUUCAUCCUUGGCUUCUUGUUCCCUCCCUGCUUAGCUUUUAAAAAAUCACACAGUUCUAAACAUCAGCCUAGAUGUUCCAUGCAAAGCUUGUUAGUUGUUCUUACCUAAAAUGUAAUGCUAUAAUUUUGUUUACAUUAUGGUUUUCACCCCUCCCUUUUUAAUUUAUAUAACACUGCUAUCCUACCGUUUUUUGUUACCAGGCUUUGUUGGCACCUACAAAAUAUGUAAUUACAGUGAAUUCUUAAUAAAUAGUGCUGGUUAGCAGCACACAGGGUGAUGCCAGAGAGAAAGCGUCUUUGCUUUCACUUUUAUAAUGUUUUUUAAGUUAAAUGAUAUGAUGUACAUUACAGAAAUUAUAAAUAUUGGGGUACUGUAUCUUGAGUUUUGAGAAUUAUUUGAGUCUGAACCACAAUAAGAAAACAAGCUGACCUGGGAUAUCUUUUUAGCUUCCUGCACCAUCAAUUACCUGUUUUAUAUACCUCUACUAGUAAUAUGCUCUUCUUUACUAAGCUUUUUAAUAUACUUUUGAUUAUAUUUCUGAGAUUGGUUUACUGGCUUAAAAAGCCCAGCAAGCUAAUGAUGAGGGUGCACGUAUAGUGAGUACUACCUAAACUUGUUUUUUUAAACAGUAGAUUUUUAUUAGAGAUCAACUUCCAAAUCAUGUAAAAAUUCUCAUGUGCUUAAUCCAAAUUUGGCACUUUAAAGUAUUUAACCCUUGAACUGCAAAUAAAAACUCCUAUUUGA